AAUUUUUGCACACACUUUCAUGCUGUGCUCUGUUCUCUAAACUGUAGCAUUGGGCAGGAAGUUCACUGAAAUGGAUGUUGCCCCAUGUGUCUUAUUAGAGUAGUAAGUAUCACCUAGCAAUUUGAUAUGAAUAAGAGAAAAAUCUCCCUGGCCAAAUUCUCUCUGUAUAUUCAGUUGGUUGUAAAUAAACUUUACUCGAUAUUUAUCCCCAGGAAGCAAGAACUGAAAAAAUGACAGCCAAAAGGAAGGCUGGAAAUACCUCUUCAGAAGUAGUAGAUCCUAUCUAGCACCCAUGAAGUGGCUUUUGUAAGCCAGAGUUUUUUAGGUGAAAACAAAGCAAAAAACUCUUCCUGUGAGCCAAACAUGGGGGUAUCAUGCCAGUUCUAUUAUGGAAUAUCUAUGCGUGGUCCUGGAACUGGACCAAGUGUGACUUGUAGAGUUAAUGAUUACCCCAGCAAACUACUUGGUUCCACUGGGCUGCAGGCAGUUCACCUGCAGAGGAGUUUCCAGGAACCAGCAUGUUUCCUUUGCUUGUUGGGGCUGGACUGGUGGUUCUGAACCUGGUGUCCUCUGCUAGGAGCCAGAAGAUGGAACCCCUUAGUGGCUCUGGGGACCAGCCACUCUUCCGAGGAGCAGAUCGGUAUGACUUUGCCAUCGUGAUCCUUCCAGGAGGCACAGAAUGCUUUUGGCAAUUUGCCCACCAGACUGGAUACUUUUAUUUCAGUUAUGAGGUUCAGCGGACACUGGGAAUGUCACAUGACCGGCAUAUUUCUGCCACUGCACAUACCCCACAAGGUUUUCUCAUAGAAACCUCUCAGAAUGUUCGGGGCCAGAUUAACUUCCAUACCCAAGAGACAGGUUUUUAUCAACUUUGUCUAAAAAAUCAGCAAAAUCACUUUGGUUCUGUGCAAGUGUACCUCAAUUUUGGAGUCUUCUAUGAGGGGCCUGAGAUGGACCACAAACAGAAGAGUGAAAGAAAACAACUGAAUGAUACUCUGGAUGCAAUUGAGGAAAGUACCCGAAAGGUACAGAGAAAUAUCUUUCACAUGUGGCGAUACUACAACUUUGCCCGCAUGAGGAAAAUGGCUGACUUUUUCCUUCUUCAAUCAAACUAUAACUACGUGAACCGGUGGUCGAUAGCCCAGAGCCUUGUCAUUGUUCUUUCUGGGGUCCUGCAGCUGUACUUCUUGAAGCGUCUCUUCAAUGUCCCAAUGACUACAGACACAAAGAAGCCAAGAUGCUAAGCUAAAACAACUACAGCGGCUCUCUCCUUCUGGGGCAGAAACCUGUCAAAGCUUUGGUUAAAUCAGCUUUUUCAAGUUAUUGGGAAAAAUUCAAUUUCUCCUCUUAGGAAGUUUUAGUUUAUUGCUCUCAUCUACAGAGGCAAAAUGGCAAUAAAUAAAAAAAAAUGUGUAAGUUUUGAUGUUGGCUAUUUUUGAAGUUUAAUCAAAGUUUAACGUUUACCAUCAAAAUACUAUUCAUCAUAUAGUGGUCUCUUAACCUUCACUAAGUCUACAUAAAGGUUAACAGAGAACCCUGGAAGGGAGAAUGGUUGAAAAAAAAAAAGGGACAAAAACAUAUAAAACCCAGUUUUUAUAUGGGUUUUAUAUGUUGCAUACAAAAACAGAAGUUGGUAGAAUGGUUAAAAAGUGCUUUAUUUUUAGAGAUGUGUCCUUUGGAAUUUAAAAUAAGCAGUAUAUUCUUAGAGAAAUUGUUUUACAAUACAGGUAGUUUAAAAAAUAUUUGCAAAUGUUUUUCAUUUAAAAAAUGUUUUAAUAAUUCUAAAAAUGAUUUCAUGAAGCAGAGGGAAGAACAGAGGAGGUAAAUUAUUUCAGGGUCUCUGGUUAGUGCUUUUUGUCCAAUGCAGUAAGGUGAGUAAAGGCUCGUAAGGAAAAUGUCUGAGGAAACCAAGUUGAUGGAAAAAAAAUUCAACCCAAGAUCACACCAUCCAC